AAAUUUCAUCGCAGUCGCCGAAUUAAAAUCAAAUGUCAAUACUUGUGACUUGCGCACAAAUUAAUGUUUUCAAUCAGUGCUCGAAAAAUGAGACGAUAAUUUAAAAAUGUUAUUAAAAUAAGAAAUCAUGUUAUAUUCUAUACUAAAACAGAUUUAACCAAUUAAAGUGUUUUUCUUUUAUUUAGUUCAUCAGAAAAUAUUUACAAUUUUGGUAUUUACUUACCUGCUGGAACUUGGAGUGUUAAUUUACAAGAAUGGAUUCUGCUGAGGACAUAGUUUUAAAAGAUGCUGUCUCAGACCAUCUCUAUCCAGCUUUGUUUCAGUGUUUCACAAUUAUUAUAUGCGGGUACAUUGCUGGAAGGCUCAAUGUGGUUUCAAAAGUGGAAUCUAAGGGUAUUGCCACAUUUGUUGGUACCUUUGCUUUACCAUCACUUAUUUUCCUCUCAUUAGCCAGAUUAGAUUUCACCAUGGUUAAUUGGACAUUUCUACUAGCAAUACUUGUAGCAAAAGGACUUGUAUUCUUCUUUGUGAUUAUAGUCACUGUGGUUGUUUCAAAACCCAUGAAUUUAGGACAGGCUGGUAUAUUUGCAGUGUUCUGCACACAGAGUAAUGAUUUUGCUCUGGGAUACCCCAUAAUCAAUGCGAUAUAUGAAAAGACACAUCCAGAAUAUGCUCUAUACCUGUACCUGAUGGCUCCAAUAUCCCUUGCCAUUCUUAACCCAAUUGCUUUUGUGUUAAUGGAAAUAUAUAAGCAAAGAGAGAACCCGCAAACAUUAGAUAGUGAAGCAAUCGGGUAUCAAAAGUUCAAGAUGGUGGUACAAAUACUAAAAGGAAUUAUAUUCAACCCAGUCCUGUCUAUGACCAUUUUAGGCAUUAUUGGUAAUAUAGCUUUUAAACACCAAAUCUCUAUAUACAUAGAAGGUUUAUUAGAUGUAUUUGGCCAGUCUUUCUCAGCGGCAGCCCUAUUUCUGCUGGGUUUGCGUAUGGUGGGCCAAAUAACUCGGUUAAGAGGACCGGCGUUGCUUCUGCCAUGUGUCUUGAUUAUGGUCAAAUUGAUCAUUUUGCCAGUGGUGAUGCGGGAAUGUGUUAGUAUGUUUGAUGCUGGUGUUAACCAAACGGAGACUCAAUCUCUGUCAACAUAUGCUUUCCUCUAUGGCACUAUACCAACGGCACCAGCGGUGUUUGUCUUCUCAAACUUAUACCAUUUGGAGAUUGACUUGAUGGCGUCAUCGAUGGUGAUAUGUACGUUCCUGUCGGCUCCAAUAACAUUUUUGUCAGCACAAGUGAUAUCUAUAAACAAGGACUACGCUGAUCAAAUAAAAAGAUUUGGCUUUGACCUCUCGAUAGUAUCCCUUAUAGCGUCUAUAUGGGUCUGCAUUGUGUUUACAUUUACAAAGAAGUAUAAGAGAAUGCCACAUGGCUUGACAUUCUGUUUGAACCUCACUCAGAUGUUAUUAGCUGUCAGUGUUAUUUGGGGUGGACCUUUAAAUAACUAUCCUCCAUCAUGGGAAGCUACAUUGCAGGAGACUUUACAAAUAUUCAGUACAUACUCUUGUCUGCUUUGGACAUCUAUGUUGACUGUUGGACUAUUAAUGCUUGAGUCCCGCGGGCCGUGUUUCGUUCUGACUAUAACCCCGGUGCUAUGUUUCGUGUCGUGGGGAGCUCCGCUCGUGAUGUGCAUCGCUCUCCUGUCCGCGGCCGGCGAGCGCGGGGUCUCCGGGGACGCCGCAGACGCCGUCAGAUUAAGUGUACUCUUCUUUUGUAUCACACUUACAACCGGCUGUCUGAUUCUGUACAUCCGUUUCCGUCGUCGCCGCAGCCCUGUAGUGACGUCACCUCCGGACGAGUCGUCGAGCCUCGUAGAUAACGCUGAGCCAGCCUCUAACACGCAGUCUCUAUCAAACUACGGGUGUUACGGCACUAUAACAACAACACCGUCGCCGAAUAGGAACAGUAAUGGUAAUUGUUGCUCCAACGAUCCGAACUGUGGGAACGGCAUACUGACAAACAGCGCUGACAUCGAGGACAUCGUUCACAAUGACAGGGAAUGUUUGUGUCCUUCAUCCGAAAAUCAAUGUAAUCCCGACGGCGCGACCUGUCCCUACCUGAACCAGUUGGAGCGUGCGGCUGGCUCGCUCGGGCUCCUACCACUGGAACAGACUCGAGGCCGCGGCGGACAGAUGCUAAAACACACCGUACUCAUCAUAGCAUACAGCCUCAUGAUGUUUCUGGGUCUGACUUAUACGACAUGGAAGAUUAUGCGUAAGAACCAGGCCGGUGUGUUUAUAGAAAUAGAGUUCUUGGACACAACGGCCAGCAAUGGACAGGCUUUGAUAAUGUUUAUACUGUUUGGAUUGGACCCAGAGGAAAUCAUCAUACCAGCUAUCAGAUUCUUCAAAAAGAAGUGGCAUGGAGAAGAUACGGUUGUGUUGCCGCAUAUAGAUGAUUUGAGUUUCGAAACGAAGCACGUAUGUGAUCAAUUCAUUACACAUCACCUGGAUAGAUGCAAGGAAGCUAUUGCUAAAGACACCAGAUGGCGCAUGCGUACAUAUCGCAAUGUGUUCCGCGGCUCGUGCCUGGUCCGCUGGCUGAUGGAGUGCGGUCUGGCCUCGGACGAGCACGAGGCUGUCCAGUACGCGAGACACCUUCUAGACGGACGACUCAUACAGCACGUGCACAACAAACAUCACUUCACUAACUCACCCCUGCUGUACAUGUUCAGAUAGACCUACAUACAUAAAUACAUAUGUUAUAUAUUGGCAUGUUAUGGAUAUAUAUUAACGUUGUUUUACGUUUUUUUUUUCUCUUUCUACAGUAUUUUUCUGUUUAAGUUAUUGGAGAUUAUAUAUUCGGAGACUCUAUAUACUUAUCUGUUUCGCUUCAGGCAUUUCCAACAACUGUUUUCACUCUAUCAAAAAAACCUAGUAUGGAUUCAUCAAAUGUUAAAUGUAAAUUUUAAAAAAGUUUCUGUACUCCAUAGCAUUUCCAGUUUUAUUAUAGAGGUUUAUUAAAACUAGUGAGGGUAGAGGGUAAUUUGUCAAGUUCAAAUAGUCUAACAAGUAGUAUAGAGAUGUUCCGAUCGAAUGUCUGAACGGUGACUGUUUUUAGUAUUGGGGUUGCUACAUGGUUUAAGAGUAUGCUUUAUACAAUUUGUAGAAUUAGAUUAGACUCUUAAACAUUAUAUUAUAAAAGGUAUUAUUUGCUUAAGCUUGCCGUCUUGAUUCACAGUGUGUUUACAACCAUAUUCCUCUGUGUAGUUACUUAAAACAGCUUGAAAAUGUAUAUUUUGUAGAAGUGUGUAGCAUUUAAUAUAUAUACCACUGUUAAAAUUUUAUAAUGUCUUAAUUAGAUUAUUUAUAUGAAGUAGCGCUUAAUAGUCUUACAGUUUGUAUGAACUUAAAUAUAUAAAUUAACAUUAAUUUAAAUAAAAUAGAACAAUAGACUGUCAUAUAGAAUUUGUGUUUUAAAUCUUAUCAUAGACUGUUUAUUUUUAUUACGUAAAUAUAUAAUUUAGGUGUUUAUAGGGUAACACUAAUUAAACCAUACAAUCUUUGAUUAUAAUGAUCACCUUGUUUUUCCCCUACUUCAAGAGUGAUUAAGACAUAUCAUAACAUUGUAAUAUCUAUACAUAUUUCACUUUUACUUCCAUACAGUUCAAAAUAUUUAAGUCUACAUAUUUAAUCCGAUUUCGAUUUAGGUUAUAUUCUACAUAAAAAAACACAGACUAUAUAAUGAACAACAAGAAUGUUGCUUUUAUUUUAUUUGCCAUGGGAUUCAUAGUUUCUAUUACCAAAUAAAAACAAUCGAAUCCUUUGUCUCUGGUUAGACCUGAAAAAUUGUAAACCAUAAUCCCAAAGUACUUAAAAACUUUUUAUUAGAAAUUAAUUAUCUGUGGAUGGUCUUCAUUUUCAUUAUGUUUACUGAAGAACUAUUAAAUUGUAUUAAUAGUCUCAUCAAGGUUCUUUUUGACAUACUAUAUUUAAUAAGUUCAGCUCUCUUUGAAACCAAAGGUAAUUUUUUUUUAGUAUGAACAAAUAUACUUUUAAGUAACUUUUCCUCACAAUUUAUAAUAUGGCACUACUGCAACACAAGAAUAGUAUCACCGACUAGCAAAUUUAUUAUGUACAUUAAUUUAUGUGAUAUGAAAUGGCUGUUUGCUUUAAGCUUAGAUUGUUUGAUAUAUUAUAUUAUAAGGAGUUUAUCAUGUAAUCAUGUAUGUCUAUACACUUGUAGUUAUCUCAGAAUAUAUUUUAAAUAUUAUUGUUAUUGUAUUCUAUAUAUAAAUAUAGUUCUAUUUUAGAAUAGAAGAAUAUACAAUGUUGCAAAUUAUCUAA